AUGGCGUGUGGUGCUACUACUGAUAGGGUUGCUGACCCUUCUCCGGAUCUGACUCCCGAAGAACAGAUCACUGCAGAUCUUUUAUCGGAGAACUAUGUGAAGUGGAAUAAUGUUGACAAAAAACUCCAUCCUUCAUCUAUUAGGGCCACGUUAAGAUCUAAGAGCAAAGUAGUUGGAGAGGAAGUUGUUUCCCUUGAAGGAGUGAUGAACCGCCUUGACAAAGUGAUCGACUUGCCUUCUCGGAAAUUUAAGAGGACCACUCAUGGGAAUGAAUUAAAAUCUCAUGGGCUUCCGUCGUCUGGUGGCCAAUCUUCUUCCAAGGAACCUGCAUCUGAAGAAGCCGCGACAACUAAUCUUCAUGAGUGUCCGGUGGUUACUGAUCUGGAUCUGAAGCAUGCCAAGGAAAAUGUUCCUCCCUCUAAGGCUGAGUUCUUGAGCCUGAUGCUUCUACAUUUCCGACCAUAG